CACCGCUAUUGUGCGGGGGAAGAUGUAGCAGCCUCUUCUCCGAACCACCCCUUUGCCUUCGGACUUCUCUGGGGCCAGCAGCCACCCGACCAGGGGCCCGGGGCCACCGGCUCAGCCGACUACCAUGGGCUCCGUGUCCAACCAACAGUUUGCAGGUGGCUGCGCCAAGGCGGCGGAAGAGGCGCCCGAGGAGGCGCCGGAGGACGCGGCCCGGGCGGCGGACGAGCCUCAGCUGCUGCACGGUGCAGGCAUCUGUAAGUGGUUCAACGUGCGCAUGGGGUUCGGCUUCCUGUCCAUGACCGCCCGCGCCGGGGUCGCGCUCGACCCCCCAGUGGACGUCUUUGUGCACCAGAGUAAGCUGCACAUGGAGGGCUUCCGGAGCUUGAAGGAGGGUGAGGCCGUGGAGUUCACCUUUAAGAAGUCAGCCAAGGGUCUGGAAUCCAUCCGUGUCACUGGACCUGGUGGGGUGUUCUGCAUUGGGAGUGAGAGGCGGCCAAAGGGGAAGAACAUGCAGAAGCGCAGAUCAAAAGGAGACAGGUGCUACAACUGUGGAGGUCUAGACCAUCAUGCCAAGGAAUGCAAGCUGCCACCCCAGCCCAAGAAGUGUCACUUCUGCCAGAGCAUCAGCCAUAUGGUAGCCUCAUGUCCACUGAAGGCCCAGCAGGCCCCUAGUGCACAGGGAAAGCCAACAUACUUUCGGGAGGAAGAAGAAGAAAUCCACAGCCCUGCCCUGCUCCCAGAGGCCCAGAAUUGAGCCCCAAUGGGUGGGGGCUGUUCUUUUGCUAUCAGGAAGUUUCGAGGAGCAGGCAGAGUGGAGAAAGUGGGAAUAGGGUGCAUUGGGGCUGGUUGGCACUGCCAUAUAUCUCAGGCUGGGGUUCACACCAUCACCCUUUCUUCCCUCUAGGUUGGGGGAAAGGGUGAGUCAAAGGAACUCCAUCCAUGCUCUGUCCAAAUGCAAGUGAGGGUUCUGGGGGCGACCAGGAGGAGGGAAUCACCCUACAACCUGCACGCUUUAUCUGAGGCUCCAUCCCAGAAUUUCCAGCUUUUGAAAGUGGCCUGGAUAGGGAAGCUGUUUUCCUUUUAAAGAAGGAUGUAUAAUAAUAAUUCCCAUGCCAGAGUGAAAUGAUUAAGUAUAAGACCAGAUUCAUGGAGCCAAGCCACUACAUUCUAUGGAAGGGAAUCUCUCAGGAAUAAGGCAGUUUUUUUUUUCCCACAUCUUAUAUCCUCAUACCCACUUUUGGGAUAGGGUGCUGGCAACUGUCCCAAGCAAUGGGUAGUGAUGAUGGCAAAAAGGGUGUUUAGGGGAACAGCUGCAGACCUGCUGCUCCUACACUCACCCUGCCCCAUUCUGGGUCAAUGUGAUUUUAUUUAUUUGCUCCCUUGGAUACUGCACCUUGGGUCCCACUUUCUCCAAGAUGCCAACUGCACUAGCUGUGUGCGAAUGACGUAUCUUGUGCAUUUUAACUUUUUUUUUCCUUAAUAUAAAUGUUCUGGUUUUGUAUUUUUGUAUAUUUUAAUCUAAGGCCCUCAUUUCCUGCACUGUGUUCUCAGGUACAUGAGCAAUCUCAGGGAUAAGUCGGCAGCAGCUCCAGGUCUGCACAGCAGGAAAACUUUUUGUUGUUUUUGCCACCGUGGAGAGCAACUAUUUGGAGUGCACAGCCUAUUGAACUACCUCAUUUUUGCCAAUGAGAGCUGGCUUUUCUGCCAUAGUGUCCUCUUGAAACCCCCUCUGCCUUGAAAAUGUUUUAUGGGAGACUAGGUUUUAACUGGGUUGCCCCAUGACUUGAUUGCCUCCUACUGGAAGAUUGGAAAUUAGUCUAAACAGGAAAUGGUGGUACAGAGGCUGGGCCAGGUGAAAGGCCCAGAGAGGAAGCCAAGAUUAGGUGAGGGUUGUCUAAUCCUAGGGGCACAGGACGUGCU